AUGCGUAAGCGAAAAUCUGUAAAGAAGAAUGACGAUGAUUCAGAUGGAUCUGAACCGGCAGCGGAACCUGAAGAAUUCCAAGACUCUGGUGAAGAUUGGACGCCGGAUGCCGAUUCUAAUGAACAACCUGGCCGAGGAACUCGUAAGCGUACUUCUAAAGCGUCCUUGAAUAACAGCAAAAAGAAACGCAAAAAUUCCUCUUCUGAGGAAAGCGAAGGUGAAGGAGAGGAAGAUGAAGAAGCUGAAGAUGAAGAGGGGGAACUGGAUGAAGAAGAAGGCUCUGAUGAUGAGAAAAAUGGGUCUGAUGGGAAUAAAUCCGAUUCCAGUCAGUCAAAAGACGUACCAAAGCACUUCCAUUCUGGAAACUUUGUAUUGCUAAAAUCUGAUGUAAAGUGGAAUGGAGAUACAGUCACCUCUAAGUUGGAUGAAAUUAAUUUGUGGAAAAUUGAUGGAAAAGCCCUCCUACAAAAAUUUAUUCCAAUGGAAUCAAAUGGUAAAAUAUUGCACAAAUGCACAUGUGUGUAUUCUGGAUGGAAUGUUGACAACCGAGAUAAUUAUUAUCCCAUCACCGAAAUAUUGGAUCGGAAUCCACGUACUGAUUCCAAGGAAAUAUGUGUAGCAUUAGAUCUAAAUGAUCUUAUCAAAGUAAGGGACAAGUAA